AUGACGCAAAACUGCUCCGUUCCUACUUACUUCUACUGGCUAAAGCGAUACGCGAAUUGUGAACAAAUAAGCGCGAUUCGUGCAUUGACAUAUUUUUACAAGUCGUUCGUAAUGCUAAUCUCUUUGACGAUAAACUUGAAGCCUUUGGAAAUUGUCCCUCCCUUCUGUGUCAACAUACUUAUUUUUUUUUUCAUAUUUGGCUGUCUCUGCUUUAUUCCCAACAACAGAGCCAACGCUACGACGGGUCGGUGGCUCUUUUCUCAUAUGUCACCAUCUAAUCCACCUUUCGUGCCCGGUGUAAUCGCUGCAUCUGUACUAUCGUCUACAUCUAUUAUACUGCCUGAUCUCUUUUCCGUUCUAUCACUGUUUCUGUUAGUAACGGAAGCGACGUCGCUCCAUCUAUCUUUAUCGCGAUUUCUUUUAUUCAGUUUGGAAGAUUGGUUGGACCGAAGUUUACCUAUCUACCCGUCUUGGCAAAUCGAUGCAUUCAAACGCAGCAGCAGCAGCAUCAGCAAUAAGAGUAGCAACAAAAAGCUACUCUUCGGUAUCGCCUUUGCACGCAUGUGCAUCAUUCAUCCUGCUUUUCCUCAGUUCUGUUAA